AUGAAACUCCCAAAACGCAUCCUCUAUACUCCACUAUCCCACCGCUCACUCCUCUUCUCAUCAACAUCAACCUCAUUCAACAACAACCAAUUCCAAAGGCCAGGUCCACCACCACUAGGAGACGCAAAGCAGCAAAAGGAAAUGGAAGAAUUGUUGAAGAAUGCUGCUAAACAGGCAGAAGCUGAUUCUAAAAUGGGGAAAGCUCAUCCUGAUGCGCCAAGUAAAGUGGCAUCAGAUAUUGAAUGGACUGGUGAUAAAAAUCCAAUUACUGGGGAGGUUGGUGGAUGGAUUGGUGAUAAGAAUCCAAUUACGGGGGAAAUUGGUGGGCCCCGAGGGCGUGAGCCAACCAGAUAUGGAGACUGGGAACGAAAAGGAAGGGUGUUUGACUUUUAG